CGCUUUACGACAUUACACGAAUACAUUGACGGCGGCAUCAUGGCGGCGCACGGGCUCAGUUUUGAGAGCUCGAUCAGCAUCGAAGAUCGAAAGGAAAAGAAGAGACAAGCACGAAAAGAGGCGAUAGAAAAGGCCAAGCAUCAGUGUGAGAAGGAAGAGAGGAGGAAGGAGCUGAAAAGGCAGAGAGGGGAGGAUACUUGGAUGCUCCCUGAGGUCAACCAGAGGCUGCAACAGUUAGAAGAAGAGGUCUCCGAAAAGAGCAAAAAGAAGAAAGAGAAGAAAUCUAAAAGGAAAAAGGAGAAGAAAAAGAAGGCCAAGAAAGAGAAGCAGACUACAGAUGGAGGAGGUGGCUCAGGUGAUAGCUCAGAGGGCUCAGGGGACGAGUGGGUUGAGGCUCAGCCUCAGACAACUAAAGCCUGGCAGGUUCCUCGAGAGUCAAAACCAUCGGAGAACAGCCUCAGCCCAGUCCAAAAUGUCCAGAGAGACGAAUGGAUGACUUUUGACUUCUUGGCCAUGAAAACCACAUCCACUGCAGAGAGAAGGGCUGACAAAGAACGACAGAAAGAGGAAGAGAGAGCCAAGGCUCAGGCCAUUGAACAGGCUGGUUUGCACAAACUGGAAUUAAAUCCAUACUGGAAAGAUGGAGGAACUGGUCUGCCCCCAGAGGAGAUGACUGAUACUACAGGGAAAAAAGGCCCUGUAGUGAAUGAUGGUGGUCUGAGCUGGCUGAGGAAGAGCUACCAAAGGAUGAAGGAGCAGGCAGAGAAGGAAAAGCGCAGGCUCGAUGACAUUGUGGCCGAGAGAUACGGAUCCAUGGAAGAGUUUCAACAGAGACUUGCUGAUGCCGAGAAAGCAGUGUAUGGUCAGAGGAGAGGACAGGAAGAGACUGCUGCAAGAGGUGGAUGGAGGAAAGGAGAGGAACUGACCAAGGAACGAUGGAAGAGGAAAGACGAAGAUGGAGAAGGCAGAGACAGAUGGAGAAAAAAUGAAAGAGACUCAUCACCCAGAGAGAGAGGAAGAUACCACAGUGGAAGAGGUGGCGAGAAGGAGAGGAUGAGAGAAAGGUAUCGAGGAGGAGCUCAUGAGAAAGACAGCUAUCGAGAGAAAGAAAGGGAUAGACAGAGGGAAAGGGACAGAAACAGGGACCAAGAAAGAGAUAAUGACAGAGGUAGGAGCAGAGAGAUGGGGCUUAGGGAUGAAGAUAGGAUAAAAAAUAGAGAAAAAGAUGAGUCCAGUGCGUCAUCAUCAUCACCAUCUGGGAAAAGUUGGAGUCAAUGUUCCCUCUCACUUGGGUCACUAAAAGGCCGCUUCCUUAAGCCCUCAGAAGAUGAUGACAGUGGUGAAGCUUCAGGACGUCGUCCUCCUCCGGCACGGCCAUCUGCUGGGUUCUUGAAACCCAACUCUGAUGAUGAGGACUUUUGCCCACAUAACAGCAGCGUUCCUGCAUGGAAGAAGAGCAACAAUCCUACCUGUGAAUCUAACAGCUCUGAAAACCUACAGCAGGAAAAUAAGAGGGAUUCUGAGGAAACUUCAACUACUCCUCAAGCUGCUGAGUCAUCAAGGACUGAGACUGAAAGUGAUGAAGAGGAGGAGGUCCCUUUGCUGUCAGAAGAAGAAAUGAACAAACUGGGAUCCAAGAUGAUAAAGGCAGAACUCAUGGGCAACACGGCCAUGAUUGAGAAGCUGAAAUCAAAGCUGGAGGCGGCUCAUAAAGCCAAGGAGAUCCAUGCUGCCAGAAGGAAGCUACAAGAAACGGCUAAAUCAAACCAGGUUGCUGGUCACACCAGUGAAGACCAGGAAAUGUUGCUGUUCAGAACGGACCAGUCAGGUCGGGCCUGGCCAGUUAAGGGCCCCUCUGGACCUCAGGAGCCUCAUGGAGGAAGACAGAAGAAGAAACCGAUUGAGACCCAUGUUGACAAAGAGCGGGUGCGCUACUUCCAGGAUGAUGAUAAUGUGGGUCUCCAAGAGAUGGUGAGAAGGGAGAAAAUGAGCUCUGCCCAGGAUCAGAAUGCCCUCUACUCUCGCAUGGCUGCCAAGAUGAUGGGGAAGACGGACGGCGACAACUACACACUGGAUGACAUGUUUGUGUCGAGUGCAGCACAGCGGGAGGGUGAGGGAAGGGAGGAGGAGAGGAUGAGGAACAGAGCCAUCGGGGAGAGUAGGAGGUUGGCUGCCUCAAUGGAUAAAUGCCAACACUGCUUCAGCAGCAGCGAACUCCAGAAGCAUCUAAUUGUGGCAAUAGGGAGCAAGGUGUACCUCAGCCUGCCUGCUGGAGUAUCAAUGGCAGAAGGCCACUGUCUGAUCUGUCCUCUCCAGCAUCACUGCUCUGCUACUGGAUUGGAUGAGGAUAUAUGGUCAGAAAUGCAGCUGUUCCGACGUACCUUGGUGCAGAUGUUUGAGUCCCAGGACUUGGACUGUGUUUUCAUGGAAACACACAUGAACCCGCGUAGAAGUCACCACAUGGUCCUAGAGUGUAUCCCUCUGCCCAGAGAACUGGGCGAUAUGGCUCCCAUAUACUUUAAGAAAGCUAUCAUGGAGUGUGAUGAAGAAUGGGCGAUGAACAAGAAGGUUGUUGACCUCUCUUCAAAAGACAUCCGUCAAGCUGUUCCUCGAGGUUUGCCAUACUUUGCUGUAGACUUCGGACUCCAGGGAGGUUUUGCUCACGUCAUUGAAAAUGAACAGAAGUUUCCUCAUUACUUUGGGAAGGAAGUGGUUGGAGGCAUGAUGGAUUUGGAGCCACGGCGCUGGAGAAAGCUGAUUAGAGAAAAUUUUGCAGACCAGAGGAAAAAAGUCCUACAAUUUGCACAGUGGUGGAAACCAUAUGACUGUACCAAGACUGAGAGCUAGGUCAGCACACACACUCCUCCAGCCAUGCUGUGGUUUCCAAUGCAGAAAUUACAUUUGGGGUGUUUCAGCUACACAUUCAGGUUUUGAUGUUUCAAAGGGUGAAAGUUUUUGCUUAUAUAAAAAUAAAAAAUUGAAUUUGAUGGUGUUUUGUUACAAUAUAUACUGCACGUCUACUACACAUAUACUGCUAGGUAGUGGGUAGUGGGGCCAAGGCAUGAAUUGAACCCGUUGUCACUCCAACAUAACCCCUAUUUUUAGCUUCUUUGCCAGUACUGCCCUUCCCUGCUCUCUGGUCCUGGGAUUUAAUUUCUAACUCUGUGACCUCUUGAUCCUAUGCAGCUGUCACUUAACUGUAAGAGAUUUCAGUGUCAUUGCAGCUGCACGGCUAAGGGUAUCCAGAUGCAUGUGUGUCACUACAUCGCAACCUCCACACCUUAUGUAUAUACAUUCCUCUCAGGAGCAAUUGGCACCAUUGCCCCUGCAUGCGACCUCCUCAUUUACUUUCCCAGCUAGACUAUUGACUCUUUGAUUAGCUCUAGACCUGCCUUGUCAGGUUUUUUCUCAGACAUCAUUUGAUGCAUGGAUGCAGCUGGUUAGCUGGCUGAAUUUGUGAGAAUCACAAAAUAUGAAGGUUUUGAUUUUAUGUUCACUAUGGGAUUUGUAUGAAGGGUCACAGGGGAGAAAGGUCCAUUUGUUUAUUAGAAUUUCAGUUCAGACUGAAAAAUCAAUCAAAUGGAAAAAACAGUUCGUUAUUUCAUUAUUCGUUUUUCAACAUCAAACAAAAAACUGAUUUCUAUCUAUUUCUGAUAUUCUGUUUAACAUUUUGGUGAAAUAUAAAACAUUCAAAGAACCGGUCUCUCUAAAAAUAGAAGCUAGAUAUGAGCACGUGUACAGCAUUUUUCAGAACUUAUAUAUGGGUUUAAAAGGCAGUACAUUUUAUCUGCCAUUGCUUGAGAGGUUGGGAAACACAGAGUUAGGUAAAUAUAGUUCUAAAACAAUAAAUAUGAUUAUAAAACAGAAUAAAGUAAGUAAAUUUGGUUUAAUAAUGAGUAGGUUAAUGGAUAAAAACACAUUUAAGCAUCAUGAAGAGGCCAAAUAAGUGCACUGAUCACGAGCACUGACCAACCAACCACGAAAGGAGUUGUUUCCUUUUUUGUUUUUUUGUCUACAAAUAAUAAUAAAUGGUUUUAAAAUUUA